CUCACAGCAGAAGACAAUAACGUUCUCAUUGUCCAUUAGACACGCUCGCGAGCCAUCUGUCCGAUAACGAAGUUUAUAAGGCGUGUCGAAAGACUACCGAAGUCAGCUUCCUCCACCGUGAAUCUUCUCCGUGUUUUUUGCUCGCAUAAUAACGAGUAACCGAGUGUAGACGUAAAGAGAGAAGAUAACCGCUAUUGCACGGAAUACCUUGAGUUAUCCUUUACCUCAAUCAAAUAUUUUCUACGUCGGAUAUGCCCAGCACACGUGGUGGCCGAGCAUGCGUGAAGCCGCAUUUAUUCAUCGUAAAUAAUUAUGCAGCGCGAGCGAAACAUCCAAUUACUGGACUUGACGAAAAAAAAAAGAAAAGAAAGGAAAUAAGAGGAAGUAUGAGAAACGAAGAAAGAAGCAAAAAAGAGCGUACGUAGAAGAUUAAUAAAAACUCGAAACAUCAGUUAUAAAGCAACUACCUGAAUCUCACGCGCCAACCAAUGGCAAGACUAAGUUUUCAUAUACUAUAUCCAGGAUACGUCCACGUCUCAACGCAUGGUAAUUGGUCACUGACUCUGCUCUGGUAUCUGAUUUCAAGGAGCUUUCUUAUCAGAUUUCACAUGAUGGCGUCGAUUUGAAUUCCUGUGAUUAGAAUAAUCAACGAUUAUAAUUCUUUAAUUCAUUUCGUGGUACGAUAGUACUUGACAGCACUUACAUACGGAAUCAGGUACAUAACUCUGAUAUAAUUAUAGAUAGUAAAUAUUAAUUUUUGAAAUUCCUCAGUACAUUCACAAGUUUGCCUCUAUGUUUUCUUUUUUAAUGCUAAUGGAUUCUUUAUAUCCUGAUACCCAAGUGAGUCUGGAUAAAUAUUAAUCCACGCAGUAGGCUCUAUGAUCUACAACUGUAAUUAUUACUCUUUUGGUUUUCCUCAUUCCAUUAAGGACAAGCGACACAAACUCAGGAGCCUCAGAAGCGUGACGUCCACCACAUUGGCAAGAUGUACAGUGUCCGGCGCAACCUUAAAAGAAUGCAACCUAUGAGCGUCGCGCCGACAUUCCACUCUCAGAAGGUGAUUCACAGCGAUUGUGCCUGACUAACACAGCAUGCUGACUCACAGACAGACAGUCAGAAAGACAUACGGGAUGAGCUAAAAGUCGUUAGAACGGACUCUGACUCCGUCUCAAGGUGCAGCCGUGUGGCGCCUGAAGACAUUUUUUCUCUACGCCUCUACCCGUGCAAUUUUCCAACGACUCUGAUCAUUCCUAACAGUGAGUAUGCACAGGGAGGAAUGAGAAAGAGGAGAGAUCAGUCGAUCGACGCGCCUCCUGUACAACAGACGCAAAAAAAGGCUAAGUUAUAAACGUGUAACAAGGUGAUCCUUAAUCGUGAAAGGAAGAGGUUAGGAAUUUGUACCUGAUAGAAGAGGAUGCUCUGCUACCCGAUGAACCACAGGGUCUUGUAGAAAUGGAGCAGCUGCUAGGUUGGCAGUACUGCUACUGGCGUAAGUGGUGCUGGGUUUGCAAGGUGAACCGGAAAUAUUUGAGUAAAUGGUUACUGGUACCAGGACUUAAUAACCGGUGCAGGUGCCCUCAACGCCAUUUUUCUUCUCAACCAUUACCAGUAUACCCAAAGACUCUUGGACGUGGAAUUCCUUGGGUUAAAUUUUAUUCUCCAAGUCGACUACCAUUGGUCAAUAAGUCCUGCUGGAUAAUUAUUCAAGAUAAGGAAAGAUUAUUGUCUGAGGACUCUGAUUUGAACGUCUACGUACCAUUGAUUCACGUAGUGAAAUGGAGAAGCUUCGAGAAAGGUCCAACCAAUGACAACGAGUCCAGUUUACGGCGGGUACACCUAGAGACUUUUGGUAAGAAUGACAUUGCCAGACCGGGUUAUAUGGCGGACAAUACCAAUCCGGUUCUCAGAGGGUUCUAG